AUGCUAAGCUUUCUCCCGACGAGAGGAUUCUACAAGCAGCUUGAGCAGAAGUCCCAGGUUCUAUUCAGCAAGUACCUACGCGAAGGCUCUAUCGGCAAGAAUUAUUCCAACAUUCUCGUUCUCCUCCUCCGCAUGCGGCAGGCUUGCUGUCAUCCGCACCUCAACCUGGACGUGGACGAUGCCACCCAGUUUGGCAAAGAGAAAGUGGACGAGAAAAUGGUGCAACCGAUCAAGAGGCUCAGCAAGGCCACUGUGGAAAGGAUCAAGGCGAUUGAGGCUUUUGAAUGCCCGAUAUGUUUCGACGCUGUCCAGUCUCCAUCGUUCUUUAUCCCAUGUGGCCACGACGGCUGCAAGGAUUGUGUCACGCGCUUAGUCGACAACUCUGCGGCCGCCAACCUGCAAGCUGGAGAUGAAAGCGACAAGGCUAAGUGCCCUCAAUCAGAGCCUGGCGUCGAGGACUCAUCCAGCGACGACGAUUCCAAGUCGGAGUCUGAGGUUGACACGGAGGAGGUUAACGCCAAGGGGAACUUGCGAGGUUUCGUCGUGGAGGAUGACGACUCGGACCACGUGGACCACGCCAAGUCGCAAGCCAACAAGGCUGACAAGACUCCCAAGAAGAACAAAAAGGAGGCAAUCAAGAAUCGGGAGGCGUACAAGCGAUAUAUGCGCUACCUGCGAAAGACGUGGAUGCCAGCGGCCAAAGUCACCGAGUGCAUGAACCUUCUCAAGAAGAUUCAAGAAACGGAGAAGACCAUUGUCUUUUCUCAGUGGACCCUACUUCUGGAUUUACUACAGGUGGCCAUGUGGCAUGACAAGUUCAAGGACAAGCCGGAGCGGUACGAUGGCAGCAUGUCGGGCGAGGAUCGUGCCCGGGCUGCCAGAGACUUCCGGGACAGGGACAACGUCAAGGUCAUGCUGGUGUCUCUCCGAGCCGGGAAUGCGGGCUUGAACCUCGCGUCUGCCAACAAUGUCAUCAUCAUGGACCCUUUGGAAUCCAUACAUCGAGAUGCAGGCUGUGGACCAGCGCAAAAGGCGAUUGUUGAGGCGGCACUGGACGAGACCGAGAGCAUGAAGAUUGGUCGCCUGAAUGUCAACGAACUCAAGUUCCUUUUCAACACGAGGGACUAG